AAGCCAACGCGUGGGCAAAAUGCCCUCACAGAUUUCACGUUGAUCAGACCUGCGGUUCGCAAUCAGAUUGCACGCUAGGAUCGGCCGAAGGUCGUGUUCCCAGUCGUUAGGACGCAUGCCGUUAGUCCAUUUCAUGUUGAAUUGUUGAGCCCUCGUGGAAUUGCAGCAGAGACACUGGGUACUUCGAGCUGGAUGGGCACGGAGGUACAAGCAGACAUGAACAAUGGUCCAGUCCAAGAAACUCAGACCUCCGGAGAUAUAGGGGGAGCUCCAGUGAUCGACCUUACGGGUAUAGAAGGCCCGAGUCGAGAAAGGAUAAUGAGAGAAGUUUCUGCUGCCUGUGAAGAAUGGGGGUUUUUCCAAGUGGUCAAUCAUGGUGUAGACUUGGCUGUGAUGAAAAGGGCCAAGGACGCUUCCAAGGAGUUUUUCGCUUCACCAGAUGAGGAGAAGCUUAAAUUUGCUAUGAAGAAGAAUGUUCACUUUCACGGCUAUUUCAAUCCUGACCUGAUGGAUAAAGAUGUAUCAAAAUUUUCCCCAACGUACGAACACCUCUACUACGUCUUCUAUCCGCCAUUGCAGGAGCACAAGGAUCGGUGGCCAACUAUCCCGGAAGGCUUUGGGCCGGCCAUGUACGAGUACGUUGUGGAAAGUCGAGGGCUCGUCGAGAGGAUUUUGGGCCUGUUGUCAGAAUCUCUGGGUGUCGAAAGCCAUGCUCUGUUCAACGGGUUGAAAGGACCGGACGUGACUCAAAGCAAUAUGAACAUCAGUUUUUACAAUGCCAAGAAAGAAGGAGAAGGAGAAGAUCAAAUAGCACUCCUCGGACAUACGGAUCCAGGUGCGGUGACUGUGGUCUACUCGGACGAGGUGGUUGGACUGCAAGUCCAGAAGGGUGAUCGUUGGCUGGAUAUUGAACCAACACCAAAUUCACUGAUCGUCAACUUGGGUGACCAACUCCAGAUCAUGAGCAACGGCAGGUUCAUUAGUGGGAACCACAGGGUAGUGGAGAAGUCAUCUAAGCGCCGACUUUCAAUUAUAAACUUCUAUUCGCCCAACAUGGAUGCUAUAAUAGGUCCUCUCGACGGGCUUCUGAGUGAAUCGAACCCACCUGUCUACAAAUCAACCCCGUAUCGUGUAUACUUAGACACUUUCCGUCAACGGGCAAGGGCACAAUUACUCGAUACCAUCAGCUCAUUUAAGGUUCUCAGUCUCAGUGAUCAAGAACCUUCUUCUGAAUCCACUAUUGGAACUGCCUCAACUUCUUCUACAAUAGGUGAGAGUACUUCGAGCACGGGUAUGCGCUAAGAGGCAUGCCAGUACUUCUCCUGACGAGCAUUUUGUGAGAGCACGGGCUUCGCGGCCAGAGUGACCCAACUCUGGUUUGUGCACUGCAGCUCUGUUUCGCUUCAAUCGCAGUGCCCAGUGAAGGCCGAAUGAUCUUCAGUGAAUAUAUGUUUUCGUUAAUGUUGCUAUGCAAACCUUCACAGGAAGCAAUAUAUGAAAGCAGUGCAGCAACGGACCAGAAGCCAGCAGAAACAUUUCGAUUCAUGAGUUAGAAGAGAGUACCGAAAAGAGUAAUGCUAUAUCAAAAGAGACCAUAAGACCCCAUCAAAUUUUCUAUGGAUCAAUUCAUUGGGUAGGAAGGCAAUAGGUCCUAUUACGUUUUUUAGUAAUAUAUGACAACUGUUUAUAUAAUAAUUUUUUUUACUCCAAUAGAUAAGAGCUCCUAGUAGAGGUUGAGUAUAUAUUAUCCUACA